AUGGCACCCAAUUCUAAAAAAGAUGUCACCGAUAUCGAGUUUGUGGGAACAGAAGAAUCAAAAUUGGAGAAAUUGGUGGGUCCGCAGGCCGGGCCGUGGAAACAAAUUCAAAUUCAAAAAUCAUUUAUUCACGUAGUAUAUGGAAAUUUAGUAGUUUUUGGAUAUUUUCACCUUGCGGCUUUGUAUGGACUCUACCUCGGUUCGACUGCUGGUCCAGCAUGGUCUACGAUUAUUUUUCAUUGUGUCACAUUUGUUUUCGCACUUUUUGGCUUAACUGCUGGAAGUCAUCUCUGGUCAUACAAUGCAGUUAAGGCAAAACUUCUCUUGCAAAUUAUACUGAUCAUUGCAAGUUAUUUAACAUUCCAGUAUAGUGUUUUAAAUAAUGUCAGAGAUCACCGAUUACAUCACAGGUAUACCGAUACAGAUGCAGAUCCACACAAUGCGACUAGAGGUAUUUUCUUUUCACACCUAGGGUGGUUGCUCGUCAAGAAGCAUCCGGAAGUAAAAAGACGUGGAAAAUUUACAGACUUGAGAGAUGUUAAAGCAAAUCCAGUUUUGAUGUUUCCACACAAGCCGUUUAAACAAUGUUUUGGGAGGGAACAAGUUCUUGAUAGAUUAUAG